UUAAUCGGGUGAUUAUGGUACAACUUUGCGCCGUCGUCUUCAAGCUCUCUGACCUUGAGCGCAGUGCUUUCAUGGGAUGCUUCAAUUCCCAAUUCUCUGCUUUCAUGGAUGCUAUUAAUUUCUCUUCCCUGGAUCAGUCCAGCCGAAGAGGCGGUAGAGGUGAGAGGGAGAACGAUCGACGAAGACCUCAUCUGGGCGGCGAAAAAGAUAAAAUUGAUGCGCUUGGAAGACUCUUGUAAGUGAGUAUCAUCACCGAGAUGUAUCGUAUAGCUUAGGUUUCGUUGGAUAAUUUAGGACACGAAUCCUGCGGCACAUGGCUACUGAACUGAGAUUGAACAUGCGAGUUGAUGGUUUUGUUAAAGUUGGAGACUUACUUAAGCUGAAUUUGAAAACCUCUGCAAAUUUUCAGUUGAAGUCACACACGAUUGAUGAAAUCAGAGAGGCUGUGAGAAGAGAUAACAAACAACGUUUUAGCCUCUUAGAAGAAGAGGAUGGUGAGCUCCUGAUCCGCGCAAACCAAGGCCACUCCAUCACUACGGUAGAGUCAGAACAGUUACUUAAACCAAUACUGUCACCAGAAGAUGCUCCAGUGUGUGUACAUGGGACUUAUAGGAAGAAUUUGGAAUCCAUCUUAGCAUCAGGCUUAAAGCGCAUGAAUAGAAUGCAUGUUCACUUCUCUUGUGGCUUACCAACAGAUGGUGAAGUGAUUAGUGGCAUGAGAAGAAAUGUUAAUGUUUUGAUCUUCCUCGACAUGAAGAAAGCUCUUGAAGAUGGGAUUGCGUUCUACAUGUCCGACAACAAAGUGAUUUUGACUCAAGGCAUUGAUGGUGUAGUGCCUGUCGAUUACUUCCACAAGAUUGAGUCUUGGCCUGAUCGGCAGUCCAUAUCAUUCUGAUUCAUAUGAUCACAGGUUUAUGUAUUUCUUCAACCCGUGGAAAAUACUUCAUACACAUAUGUUUCCGACUCUUGGCAGAUUUGCUCAUCUUCUAAGUUGUAACAGUCCCUUGUUUAA